GAUGGUUUACGAUUUUUUAACGCAAUUAUUCCUUUUGAAUACAUAUCCAUAAUAGAUCCCAACUUUUGUACAAAUAAAGAAAUUCGUCAAAUUUUAUUUAGUGAAGAUGGUAAAUACUUUUGUUGGGUUGAUUCCAAUGAUUUAUAUCUUGUAGAUAUUGAUGAUUAUAUUAGACAAAAUAAUUACCUUAGUAAUGUGCUAGAAUUGACUUACAAAAUUAAAUUAAAUCAUAAAAACAUACGACAUGCCACGAUAUCACCACUUUCUACAUAUCUAGUAAUAUGGCGAGACUUUAAUCCUCAAACUAACAAAAAAAAUCUGCAAAUUUAUAACAUUAAAUCAAACAAAUUAGUUCAUUCUUACACCUCUGCUAGACAGAACUAUGGGGAAAUUAGCUGGACAAAGGAUGAAAAAUGUUUUGCUAAGUUUAUCGACAACAAUAACAAUAUUGUUGGAUUUUAUAAUCCUCCACCCUCAGAUAAUAUUGUAACAAAAACAUCCCCUAAUAUGAUUAUAAAUUCUUACGCACUAUCCCCCAGGGUUUCUCAAACUUACAUAGCAACAUUCACCAAAGGAGCUAAAGGUCAACCUUGUCAAAUAAAGCUGCUACAAUUUCCAGAUUUCAUAGUUAAUCAAUAUCCGGGCAAAAAUAUGUUCAAUGGGGAUGAGUGCAGUUUUUACUGGGAUUCUACAGGCAGAUGCGUUCUGGCCCUGCUCACUUGCCAAGUUGAUAGAACAAACGAGUCCUAUUACGGUAACCAAUCCGUGUUUCUUUUCUCGGUCAGGAAGGACGGGUUUUCCAUUUCCCUAUCCUUGGAGAUGCCCAUAUACGCUUUGACCUGGGGCGCGCUACCCGACAAGACCAGUCUCAAUAACAAUCCCAACGCCAACGAUAAUACCGAUACUACCAGGCGUAGUACCGGCGUCAAACCAAAACCCGCCACUGAUUACUUCGUUGUUAUAUAUGGUAAGAUGCCCUCUAAGGCCUCUCUAUUCAAUGAUUAUGGAGAAAUAGUAUUCGAUUUUGGUACCGGAAAUAGGAACGGGUGCGAUUUCAAUCCCCAAGGACAACUGCUGGCGUUAACGGGUUCGGGUAACGUCCAAGGUCUUUUAGAGUUUUGGGAGACCUAUCACGACGACGUGAACAAUUGCAAAUUAAUCACGAAAUUGAAUUUCAACAAACUGAUCCCAACCCGGUUUGAAUGGUGCCCAGAUGGUCAACAUAUGUUGGUAGCUACCACUAGUCCUAGGCUUAGAAUAGAUAACGGUUUCUACUUGUACCAUUACACUGGCACCAUGAUAUUCCGUUCCGAGGAGAUCAUAGAGUUGACGGACAUCAAAUGGAGACCACCCGCUUCCGAUUGCAAAUUUCCGCCCUUUAAAAUUGACUACAGAAUCGUUAAAAGCACCAUGGAUAAAUCCUUGUCCCAAGAAGCGCAUACCCACGUCAAUGAAAAACCUAAGUUAUACGUGCCUCCACACGAGAGAAAUUCCAAUUUCGUUUCUUCCAUUCCACCCUUCACUCCCAAAGGAAAAAGUAGCGAGCCCAAAUCGCUUGUCGUCGGAACGAAAGAUGCCAGCAAAAGGGCCAGAAAUAUUAGGAAGAAAUUGAAACAAAUACUCAGCCUCAAAUGGCAACUUAAAUCGGGGAAGGUGUUAGAUAAGACACUGCUAGAUAAGAUUGCAACAGAAGAUGCCCUGUUGAAAGAAUUAGAUGAACUCGAUAUCUCAGAAAACGAAGGGGAAUGAAUGUCAAAUUAAUUUAUAUAUAUAAAAAAAAAUUAUUACAACCAAUCAAAUUAUUCAAUUAUAAAUUUAUUUCGACAGUUAUGAUUGUGACUAAACAAAUUAUAAUUUUAUAAAUAUUCAUUGUAUUUAUUUGGUUUUUUUUAAAAAUGAAACUUAUCGAUAUCAAAUAAGAU